AUGGAAAGUGAAAAGAAUUUCAAAGAAAACGGACCUCCCCACUCUCCUUCUGCAGAUUCCACAGACGAACCGUACAGUUCCGGUUCAACGACCCGGCCCAAUAACGGCAAUCUGAAUGUUCCAAAACCAGAGCCCGAAGAAAAUCUCAUUUCGUUCUCGCCGGUCGUCGGUGGCGGCAAGGGAGUUUCAGCGAAGGAUCCCGACGUGCCUGAUAUGAGCAUCUCGCUCGUCGGAAACAAAGAGCCUCCACAAAGUCACGAUGAUCAUCACGAAACAUCCUACGGAGAACCAAAAUCAGAUCAUGGCCCGGCCCAGUCCAGUUAUGAGGCCUCCGAUGGGGCCGCCACUCAAAAGCCUGGAAAGGAAGAAAAUACGGAGCCCAAGAUUGUCGCGAGGCCAACUCCCGAGGACGAUUUCAUACCCUUUGUGCCGUCCCCUCAUCAUAGGAGGGCCAUUAGCAUGGAUCAUCUCGUCGCCAAAGUUCCUGCCAAUUAUGGUAACAGCCCGUCAGCUUCAGCCCGAUCCAAGUUGUCUAGUAAUUCUUCCUUGAGCAGAGGUCAAAUCGAUACGGCAGCGCCUUUCGAAUCCGUCAAGGCUGCCGUCUCGAAAUUUGGAGGCAUUGUCGACUGGAAAGCCCACCGUGUCCAGACUGUGGAGAGACGAAAGUUUAUCGAGCAAGAGCUGGAGAAGGCGCAGGAAGAGAUGCCAACUUACAAGCAGCAGUGUGAGGCAGCUGAGGAGGCCAAGGCCCAAGUCCUCAAAGAGCUCGACAGCACCAAGCGUCUGAUCGAGGAGCUAAAGCUGAACCUGGAGCGAGCGCAGAAGGAAGAACAACAGGCCAAGCAGGAUGCCGAGCUCGCCAACCUUCGCCUCGAUGAGAUGGAGCAAGGCAUAGCCGACGAGGCUAGCUUCGCCGCCAAGGCCCAGCUCGAGGUCGCCCGUGCCCGCCACUCCGCCGCCGUCUCCGAGCUCAAGACCGUCCACGACGAGCUCGACCAGCUCCGCAAGGACUACUCCCUCCUCAUCUCCGAGAAGGAAGCCGCCGCUCAAAAAGCCGAAGAGGCUGUGUCCAUCUCCAAGGAGGUCGAGCGGUCGGUCGAGGACCUCACCAUCGAGCUCAUCACUCUCAAGCAGUCCCUCGAGUCUGCCCAUUCGGAGCACCUUGAGGCCGAGGAGCACCGCCUCGGGGCCGUCAUGGCAAAGGAGCAGGACACCCUCAGCUGGCAGGAAGAGCUGCGGCAGGCUGAGGACGAGAUCGAGCGCCUUAACACAUCGCUGCUGUCAACGAGGGAUCUCAAGUCAAAGCUCGACGAGGCCACAUCGUUGCUGCACGGCCUCAAGGCCGAGCUGGCGGCGUACAUGGAGACGGAGAAAGUCAAUGCUUCGGAAAAGAAGACCCGCGGUGACAUCCAGGCCGCAGUCGCAGCCGCGAAAGAGGAGCUUGAGGAGGUGAGGCUCAAAAUCGAGAGGACGACGGAGGGAGUGAACAUGUUGAGAGAGGAAGCAGCAUCGUUGAAACUUGAGCUGGAGAGGGAGAAAAUGGAGCUGCUUGGGGUCCAGCAGAGGGAAGGCAUGGCAUCGAUAGAGGCUGCGUCCAUCGAGGCCGAGCUGAACACGACGGUCUCGGAGAUUGCCAUAAUCCGGGCCAAGGAGGAGGAGGAGAGUGAGAAGAUGGCGGAUCUAACCAGGAAGCUUGAGGAAGCAGCCCGGGAGGCUGAAGAUGCCAGGGCCCUGGUCCAGAAGGCCCGUGAGGAGGCCGAGAAGGUGAGGGAGGAGGCCGAACGGGCCAAGGCGGGGAAAGUGGCCAAGGAGAGCCAGCUGAGAGCGGCACAGAAGGAGAUCGAAGCAGCCAAGGCCUCCGAGAGGUUGGCGCUUGCGGCAAUCAGCGCGCUUGAGGAGAGCGAGUCAGCCGCUGCUGCUAAGAAGGCCGACGAGGACGAUGAUAUGUCCGGAGUCACUGUCUCGUUGGAGGAGUACNNNNAAGCGGGCCCACGAGGCCGAGGAGGAGGCCAAUGCCCGCGUGGCGGCUGCUGUUUCUCAAGUCGAAGCAGCCAAGGAGUCCGAGCUCAGGAGCCUGAAUAA